AUGGGCACUAUGAAGUGGCUGGUGACUUUUGCUUUGCUGGGCAUAUGCUCUCAGGCAUCAGCUUUCCAAGUAACCGUGUUCUCAACAACAUCCAAGACUGCAACUCUGAGAUGGACCAGGGUCCCUGGAGCCAGCUCAUAUAAGAUCAUCGUCGCCCAAAACUCAACAAACAACGAGAUUUCCUUCGUCACGUUUGGUCCAAACAUCGUGAUGGGCUCUGUCAACACCCUGUCUCCAAACGUUGUGUAUAAAUUCACAGUUGAAGCUCUGAAUCAAAACCAACAACCAUUGAGCAGUUCAGCUGUUGUGUCAUCCUCAGCCCCUGAGAUGAUGGAUCCCAUCCAGACAGUGAAGCCGAAGGACAGCAAGACCUUGAUGGCGGAGUUCAACUUGAGGACGGGGGCAACUCAUUACCUCAUACGAAUCCAGAAUGCCAAUGGUUUCUACAGAGAAGACACAGUGUCCUCCUCCCCUGCUGAGAUCAAGUCCCUCACACCCUACACUGAGUACUCGCUCAGCAUCAUGGCUGUGAAUAAUGGAGGCCAGAGCCAGCCGUCUCUUCCUGUGACUGCAAAGACAGUUUUACCUCCUCCUGAGCUCUCCACCUCCUCUCCCAGCAAUGACAGCAUCACUGUGUCCUGGGCCCCUGUUGCUAACGCUGUCCAGUACAGCCUGUCUAUAUACGACUUUAGCUCAAACACCAAAAUGAAGCACAACACCUCCGACACCAAUUUGACCAUCUCUGGCCUGGAUGCUGGCUCACUCUACGCCAUCAGGGGUUUCGCCUGGGACGCAGAGGGCCGAGAGGGAGAAGGAAGUCUGUACGUCAACCAGACCACAAGACCUCCAACACCAGCUGGUGUCAACAUCUCUGUGGUGAUGAGUAACAGCGUGGCCGGACUCUCUGUGUCCUGGGAACUCGACCCGAAUGUCUAUGGAUCUAUUGAGUACCAUGUGAUGAGUGACCUGAACCUCACCUGCAACUCCACAUCCAGCUCCUGCACCCUGUCACCAGUAGGCUGCGGAGAGGUGCACACUAUCCAGGUCACCGCCUGGAACCAGGCCGGGCCCAGCUACCCGUCCUACCCCAUGGUGUUCAUUACCUUCCCCUGUCCACCAGAGUCUUUGGAUCUCAUGGAGUCGACAGAAGGAAACUGCACACUGAUGUGGGACACGGUGCCUUACGCUGACAGCUAUGUGGCUUUCAUCAAGAGAGGUGACGGUGGCGAGCAGACCUGCAACAACACCAGCAACACAUGCACCUACCACUGCGAGUGUGGCUACACGUACCUAGUGUCUGUGUUUGCAUAUAAUGAGGCUGGCAGCAGUCCUGAAGGAUCGCUUUUCAACUACACCACCUUGCCCUGUUGUCCAGAGGAUGUCUCUGUCUCCACGGUGAGCACUGACACUCUGGAGAUCACGUGGACGGCCUCACGGGGUGCAGAGCUGUACGAGACUCGGGCUGCAGACAGUUCAGAGGUCAUCCUGUGCAACGACACGGCACCAGUGUGCGCCCUCUCUGACCUCAGCUGCGACAGUCCUUACAGCGUGCUUGUGACACCCUGCAAUGACAUCAGCGGGUGCAAUCGUGCAUGCAAAGCUCACACCAAAAACACAGCUCCCUGCAUGCCGAUGAACUUGAUGCUAAAUCCAGUAAACUCCUCCAGCGUCACUGUCAGCUGGACAGCAAACAACAGAGAAGCUAAUUACACUGUGAACGCACUGGGAGAUGAUGGCACACACACCUGCACCACCAACGGAAAGAGCUGUGACAUCACUGACCUUCCCUGCGGCUCCACCUAUGAAGUCAGCGUCAAAGCAUUCAGCCCCUUCGGCAACAGUUUACGCAGCUACUCUGACUCCCUGGAAACAGAACCCUGCUGCCCGCUCAGUCUAACAGUGGAUCAGGUGACGCAGGCAAUGACCAACGUCUCUUGGUCUCACGCCAAAGGGGCGCAUUCAUUCAUCACGUCUCUGACAUCACCGCGUGGUCACGCCCGCUGCCACACCGAGGACUCUCACUGCAUCAUGGGAUGCAUCACCUGUGGGACCAACUACACCGUCACCAUGGAGGCGUUCAGCCACAGUGGACGCAGCUCUAACUGCACCUACCAGGGCUUCUCGUCCAGUGCCUGCUGUCCGUCAGGUGUCAGGCUCUACCGGACGGCCGGUAACUCUCUGCGAGUGUACUGGCGCAGCGCUGGCAGCAGCCACAGCUACGUCACAGAGAUGAUGGGCAGCAGCAACAACUACACGUGCAGCGCCUCUCCCGGGGAGAGCAGCUGCAAUGUUGACAACAUCCAGUGUGGGGAUGUCUAUAAUGUAGUGGUCGCUCCAUUCACACCAGAGGGCAGCAAAGUCCAGUUCUGCCCCCAGAGACUGUACUCAGUCACUUGCUCAGGGAGCAACGUCGGUACAGUUAUCUACAGAGGGAAGAGAAGUGUGGACUAGCAUAUG